ACACAGUUAUGGCGUCGCCUGUCGCCAUGUAAUAUGUCUUCGUAGUUUCUCGCAAUUUGUAAAUUGUGAAAAGGACUCCACGCUUAUUAAUAUUAAUAGUAUUUCUUAAAAUGUUAUAAUAAUGUUUACCUUGUUAGCAUAGCAAUAAUAUUAGAUACGUGAUAAAUGUGUUAGUUUAUAAAAUGGAGGGUAAAGUUUGGCGACCCGGCCCAACUGUUUGUCGUUGCUGUUUAUCGGAAGGAUGCUAUAAGGAUAUUUCUACGGAAUAUUUCUGGAUGGGAAAGAAAGAGGUUUACGCAGACAUGCUCUCAGAUACCUUCGAUCUAUCUAUUCAAUAUGCACCAACUGGUGGGCCGAACAGUCAGAGCCGUUUGAUAUGUGAACCUUGCAUCUCCAGGCUACGGGAUGCCACCGACUUUAGGAGACAGAUAAAGGAAUGUGAACAGACUUUUAUGGAAUACCUGAACCCUAGUACAACUGUUGAUAUUGAAAUUCCAGUGGAACUACCUGAGAAGGAGCACAAAAUUGUAAGCGUCAAAGUUGAGAAACCGUUGAGCGAUGAUGAUGACUUUGGUGAUACGGAGUUACUUGAUGAUGAUGAUCUUGACGAUGAGCCUCUAAUGAAUUUAGCAUCUAAAGUCCCAAAGAAGGAGAGUGUAGAUGUGACGGAUUUAAUAGACAAUGCGAAAGCGGAAAAGCGAAAAUCAACGACAAAGGCAAAAGCCGCCCCUAAAAAGGCUAAAGUUAAAGAGGCAAAACCGUCUGUGAGCAAAGCUAAACCGGAGAAGAAGAAGAAAGGAAAGGAUACAAAAGCUCCCGCAAAGAGGAUAACACCACUGUUUCAAGUGGCGUACGAUAGAAGCCUCUGUAAACCUUUGGGUACACUGUUUGACUUCAACAAAAUUCGUGUGAAGAACGUGACGAGUGCACCUAUCACUUCUAGAAGUCCUUCACCAGUUUCGAUGGACAGAAGUCCAGGACAAUACAGGGAAAUACAGGAGAGUAUUGUAAAAGAGACUCCCAGACCCAUCAAGAAAUCGGAUAAGAGACAAAAUGCAUUACUAGUAUUCGAGUUCUCCACAGCUUAUCCAUUCAUUUAUGGAAACAACAAAUUCAAGUGCUUCAUCUGUUCGCAGCCAUUUUUGGAUAUAACAUUGUUGAGAGAUCACAUGGCGAGCGCACACACGUUCGCAUCUCUAAAACGAUUGUUGAAUAAUAAGAAGGAAUGCGUGUUGAAGGUGGAGGUCACCGAUUUGGCCUGCAAAAUAUGCUCGGCUCCCCUCAAUGAUUUGGUGGAACUGAAGGACCAUUUGAAAUCAAUACACCAGAAACCAAUCGAUGCCGAAAUCAAUGAUAACAUGAUACCUUUCAAACUGGAAUUGCAGAGAUUUGACUGCGUCAUAUGCAGACAGGGCUUCAUCAAGCUACGACCGUUGGUCAUCCACAUGAACGUCCAUUUUAAUAAUUACAGUUGCGAGAUUUGCGGGACGGGUUUUAUGACGUUGCGUCUUCUGAAAACCCAUUUGGAGGUUCAUGAAAGAGGCAGUUAUCCUUGUGAUAGGUGCGAUAAAGUGUUCAGUACCAGUCACAAACGGUCCAUACAUAUACGGGGUGUUCACUUGAAGCAGUAUCCGCGUAGGUGUCCUAUGUGUCCGGAGAGAUUCAAUUCGAACUAUCGAAGGACCAUUCACUUGCAGGACGUGCAUCAGCAAUCGACGCGCGUCCACAAAUGCGAGACUUGCGGACGUGCGUUUCAUUUGAAGUAUCAUCUGAUAUGUCAUAAUCGCUCGGUGCAUUUGCAGGAGAGGAAUCAUCAGUGCAAGGUGUGCACGCAGAGGUUUUGCAAUAAGGAAACACUGAAGCGUCACAUGGUCAUACAUACGGGCGAGAAGAAUUAUAAAUGUGAUUUUUGUGGGUUGGCGUUUUUGCGGCGGAAAAAUUUGAAAGAUCAUCUGAGAAGUCACGAUGUUGUGUGAGUGGUGCGAUGCAGUUUUUUAAGGAUCUUGAUAAUUUCUGAUUUAUUUUGUUACUAGUCGAUGAAUCUCAUGUUAUGACCGCGACUAAUGGAGCUUUGGCCUAAUGCUUCAGCAUACGGUAUUUAAUAUUCGCUUGAACGGUGAAGGAAAACAUCGUGAAGAAAUCGGCUUGCUUUAGACCCAAAAAGUUGGCGGCAUAUGGGGCGGAUCACCUACAGCCUAUGAUUGAUAAAUGAUCAUAAAAUAAAUACAAUCUGAGGCCCAGAUAUAAAAAGCUUGUAGUGUCGCUGGUUUGUUUGUUUUUGGCUGCUAAAUGGACUACCCAGUCUGUAUAUAGCCAGACGUUCAUAUAAAAAGAAGAUUGAAAAGAUAGACCUUUCAGAAUUCGUUGCGCUCUUAAACAAGACUGCUUUGGUUACAUUUACUAUUUACCAGGGGCGGAUCGCACCAGGGCCCCGUGGUUACAAAGAGAAAAACCCACCAAUAUCCAAUGAAAAAAAUAGGCGAUAUUAUAAAUUAAAAAAAAUAUCUGAUAUUUUAGAAAAACUCAUAAAGUUCCCUGAGAUGAAUUAACCCAUGUGCGAUGCGCGUCUAUCGAAUAGCACAGGGAAUUUGGUAAAUGCGUCUAUUACAGGAGACUUCUGAAAUAGCACAGAACCCCACAAAUUCACUAUCACAUAGCACAUGGUAUUAAGUUUCAAAGUAGAUUAACCGAAAUACGAAAUGGCGGUUUUUCAAGGCAGUUCCUUCAAGAAAAGAGCGUACCAAUUCUUAAAAGGCUAGAAACUCGCGAGCCCACUGGCAUUGAGUGUCCAUGGGCGGUGGUAUUACUUAACAUCAGGUGAACCUUCGGCCCGUUCCAGUUCUAAAAAAAAAAGAUCCCUUUGUCGAAGUGGAUUGGAGUCCGGCAAACAUUGACCCAUGAUUGAAGAUGGGUUAACAGUAGUACUGGGCGACUGUUAAUUCCCUGAAAUCUAUAAUGAAAGAAAGAAAGAAAGAAAUAACUUUAUUAGACACAAAAUACUAAUGUUUCUAUAAAGUAGUAAUGCUUUUUGCUCUGUCCGUACACCAAUUCAGUGAGUUGCAGUGUCAUAUACUGAGUGACAAUUGACUCGCGAAACGCUUGUAGACAAGAUGGCGUCGCGUUAAUUCCUAAGACAUUACGCCUGUAAACAUGUUUUUUCUAUUUUGACCAAAAACAAUCCUUUAUUAAAUAUGUCAAGAUAUCAUUACACAGUAUUGUUAGUCUUUGAUAAAUUAAUAAAUCAACAAUAUAUUUUAUUGUAUAACACUUAAAAUCUAACACAUAAAACUCUUAAAUUAUGGUACUGAAAAGGCCAUUCAUCUGUUGUACCUCGUCUCUUUCUCUCAAAUUGUGUUUACGUGCGAUCAAAAGAAAUGAGCAUACUUUUGUCUGUCUCUAUUAAAAUUAAAACGUACCGAGAGAUUAAUUGAGACAGCUAUAUGAAAUGUAUUAGAGUGAGCAGGACGACAAUAUGUUUGUUUGACUUCAGUAACUGGAGUCAAAUAAUUUUUUUCUAAUAAAUAACAUUCCGUUUCUGAUAGUGGUAAAAUCCAUAUUUAUAUAAUUGUAAUUGGAAUAAAAAUCAAAUGUUUUAGUGUUUUUUUUCGUAAAUUAAAUAAAGAUACCUUAAAGCCGGUUGCAGACCAAGAUAAGCUAAAUUAGUUUAGCUUCUUUCGUGGAGGCAGAAAGCAAGCUAUAUGUAUGUACUAUGUAAAUAAAAUAUAUAACCGACCGAUCGUUACAUAGUAUAUAUAUUGUGAUGAAUAAAAAAAAAUAUUGCGAUAUACAAUCUUCAAUGUCGAAAAAGAACUUUCUGGUUAAUUUCGUCGAAAUUAAUUGCUGGUACAACACUGGCUUCGGAUAAACUCGGUCUGUAACUGGCUUCUUGGGAAAAAAACUCAAAUGUAUGUGCACUUGCUUUAAACUAUGUUUUGAAUUAUGUGAUAUCACAUAUGUAUAGAUAUGUAGUUAGUAUUGUAAAUAUUAGUGGAUACAGCUUGAAUAAAUGAUUUUACAUA